UUUAGAUUUAGCAACCUUCCAACUGACCUCGCCUUAAUCAUUUUCGAGCAUGCGGCACAACCAACCUUUGCUGAAUAUGCCACCUACACGCGAGACCCAUACUCAUCCGCCCUUUCACUAUGCCAGGUCUCCAAAACUGUCAGGCGCACUGUGCUGCCUGAACUUCUGGACACAGUAUUAUUGCCAAAAGCUUGCCACCUAGUCGCUUUCGUACGGGCUCUGCGUAUGCAGAAAAAAUACAACGAUCAACAACAUGAUCUGGCUUUUGAUUACGCAUCUCGCGUGCACAAGAUGUCAAUAGGAGGGUAUCGGGGGCCUUUGCAAUCACCUUUCUCCUUUCCAACUUAUUUGGCUAAGCUUGAGGAGUUUGAUAUCAGUCUGCUAGCUCCAGUGAUCCUUGGCGUAUCGUCCCUCGAAAUCAGCUAUGGGAGUCUAGAAAUUCUUUUAAGGUGCCUCAAAAAUGCGUGUAACUCCGAUGUCGGCCACGGAAAUUCCCCGCUUGCUUGGAGCAUGAGAAGUUUGACGUUAUUAGGUGAUUUCUCUCGUCGAUGGUGGCCCUUCGUAGAGUCUGUCCAUGGACGUUCUUUCCUGGCUUCCGUCCAACACCUCACCCUACUCUUUGCUGUAUCCUUCAAAAGAUGCCCGCCCUUCCAGUGCAAAUGUAUCAGCGAAGCUGCAUUUAAUUAA